AUGAAUAAUUUCACAAAUCAAAUAGAUUAUAAUAACUUAUGUUCAUUUCUUAAUAUAAAUGAACAAGUACAAAAACUUGCAAAUAAAGUAAGGGAUGGAACAAUUUCGCAAAUGUUAACCAAGAAAGAAUUGCUUAAGCAAAGCUUAGAAAAUAAAUUGCGAUCAGAUAAUCAACGGGACAUAAUUGAUCUUGAUUCGACUACGAAUGAAAUUUGGAACUCAAAAUUAACGAUUUCACAAAAAAAGCUGCUUACGAGAUUUGCGGAUAAUGUGAACAAAACUCGAAAUUCUAAUACCAUCGAAUUAAUCGCUCGAAUUAAUACGCCACAAAUUACAAAUUCUGAAUUUGAAAAUCUCUUUUUUAAUGGAACAAGCUUUCAUGAUGACAAAAGUCUCGAAUCUUCGAUCUUGCCUUUAGGUGUGGUUUAUAGAGGGUCUUUUGAUUCUUUUCAAUAA